CCAAACCUCCAUUGACAUCUCCUUCAUCUCUUCAGUUCUUACUCUAGAAAGGAGUUGAGAGAGAGAGAGAUUCAACUCGAAUAACAGCUAUGGGAUGUUCGUGUUCGGGGCUGAGCGCACUCUACGACGCCGUCAACAGCAGCGGAGGAGGAGGAGAGGUGUGGAUUAAUGAAAACCGUUUCAGGAUCAUCAGUCUACUCGGUGAAGGAGGAUUCGCUUAUGUUUACCUUGUUAAAGAGAUACUCGAUCAAUCAGAUAUAGCAUCAGCCAGUGGUAUCUCAAUCAAAUUCAAGAACUCCUCUCACAUCUCUGAUGAUGGAACGUAUGCUAUGAAGAAAAUUCUUGUCCAGAACAAUGAGCAAUUAGAUCUGGUUAGAGAAGAAAUUCGUGUUUCGUCUCUGUUUAAUCACCCUAAUCUGCUUCCACUUCUUGACCAGGCUAUCAUCGCAGUUCAGCCUACCCAAGAAAGAGCAUGGACGAACGAAGCAUACUUGUUGUUUCCAGUUCACUUAGAUGGAACAUUAUUGGAGAACGCCAAUGAUCUGAAAGAUGCAAAUGAUUUUCUUGCUCCCAUAUAUGUUCUUCAUAUAUUUAGACAGCUUUGUGCAGGACUGAAACAUAUGCAUGAUUUUAAUCCUCCAUAUGCCCAUAAUGAUGUCAAACCUGGUAAUGUUCUGCUAACACUUAGUAAAGACCAUCCACCUUUGGCUGUAAUAAUGGAUUUUGGAAGUACUAGACCUGCCAGACGAGAAAUUCGCUCUCGAUCAGAGGCAUUGCAAUUGCAGGAAUGGGCAUCUGAACAUUGUUCGGCACCUUACCGUGCUCCAGAGUUGUGGGAUUGCCCAAGCCAUGCAGAUAUUGAUGAAAGAACAGAUAUCUGGUCAUUAGGAUGCACCUUAUUUGUAAUCAUGUACGGGUCAUCUCCAUUCGAGUAUGCAAUGGGGGAAUCUGGAGGAAGUUUGCAGUUGGCUAUAAUAAAUGGACAAGUGAAAUGGCCUACUACAACUGGUUUAAAACCAUUUCCAGAAUCCUUUCACCAGUUUGUAAAAUGGAUGCUCCAGCCCCAGCCCACACUUAGACCUCGGAUAGAUGACGUUAUCAUCCAUGUCGACAAAUUGAUCUCCAACUUAUCUAGCUAAGCUAAGAAGCUCCGCGACACAACUUCUUUCUGGUAAUUUCCAAUCAAUUU